UCAGCUGUGAGAAAUUGAAUGUGCUGAGUUUGAUAUCUGCUUUUUAUAUAUUUUAAACAUUGCAUGUGGUUGUUGAGCGUCGCUGAUGGAUGCGGCGGAGUUCUUGAAUGAGAAGAAGGUGACGCGUGUCGUCAGCGGAGGGAAAGAUGUUGAGACAUCCCUGCUUUCCCUGCCAACGGAAAUUUUGGAACAUAUCUUGUGUUUCCUGAGUGUAGAAGAUAUUGUUUCUGCAUCACAAGUAUGCAAGAGAUUUCAUGAUAUCCAUACUUCAGAGAGAGUGUGGAGGUUUGGAUUUGAGUCCAGGUACCCUCGCCUGAUGCAGCCCUCGUGCCGGCCUGCCCUGCUGCGUGUGUUCGAACAAUGCGGCCGCAGCUGGCGUCGCACUGCGAGGUUUCGCACCUCGGCUGGCCACCACCUGCGCGCGGCCCUAGCCAAGAUGGCCGACAGAUGCUACUCGGUCGACUGCCUGCCGGACCCCGCUAUGGAAGAGUUCCGCCAGCUGGUGCCCAUCCAUGGUACCCUGUUUAAUCGCGAUGCCCUUCUGGAGAUCAUCUACCCGCGUCAACACUGUCCGGAUGAUGACCUGUCUGUGCGCUACUAUGCACGGAUGCUGUUCCGCGAGAUCCAGCGGGACGUCGUGCUGCUGCCCCUGUUCCGGGAGUACAUGCAGCGGCCAGUGCAACAUCUGAACGUUCCCGAAGCCUUCUAUCUGAUGAGCCUCUGGAUGAUUCCGGAGCAAACCAACAGUCUACAGUCUGAGCUCCAGGCCUACUACGUCAAGAUCGCCAGCCUGGUUUUGGGCGAGGUGCGUCAGCGGCUCCCGGAGCACCCGGCCGCCGCCUGGGAUACGUGCAAGCAGAACCCGUUCGGACCCACGCUGUGGACAGACGACCAGACGCUGCAACUGCUGGACGUGCUGAACGUCGUGCUGUAUGACCAGCUCGCCCUCAUGGAGAACGAUGGACCGAAGGACGGUCCGGCCGCCGAGCUGAGCACACUUCUCUUCGUGCGCCAUCGCCACUUUCGCCGUGCCGGUUCGAGGGUGCAGACUGUGAUGGCCACCGUCUACUGCUCUGUGGCUGGCAUGCUGGGUGUGAACCUCCACAACGUGCAGCUCCCGCACAGCUGGAUGAUCUGCUGGCACAAAACGGACGGUGAACAGUACCUGUUCAUCGACGUUGUGCGCCGCGGCUUGCAGCUGUCCAGGGAGCAGGCGCUGGAGGAGCUGAAUGCCCUCCAACCGGGAGUCGACCUCCAGAUGCUGGAACCUGUCCCCAGAGAGAGGUUGCUGAGGUACGUGAUCCAGUGCGCCACCCAGCCGGAUCUCUCAGCUGCCGCCUGGACACGGCUGCGCUCGUCGACCUGA